CAAACAUGUUUCUGAUGUCUGCCGACGGCCCGGACGCGAAUAGUAAAAAAAAUUCAAACGACACGGUUGAAAAUAAGGAUUAUAAAGAGGAUCUGGAUCGGACGAUAUACUAUACAAAGAAACUGCUCCGGUUGCUCGGUGUUUGGUCAUUGGUGAAAAAAGAAAAUCCGCGAAAGAAGGAGCUUGCGAUGUCGGUAAUACUGAUAACGACGUGCUCGUUACAAGUAUCGUUUAUCAUGGUACCCUGCAUAUUGCAUGUCUUGUUGAGGGAAAAAAAUGUAUUGAUUAAGAUAAAACUAUUGGCACCGAUCGGUGUUCGAGCGAUCAAUUUGGUGAAAUAUUGCAUGCUCGUUUAUCGUCGUAAUGUGAUCAAGUUUUGUUUCGAUCACGUUGAACAUGAUUGGAUUAUCGCACCGACCGAUUUGGAUCGGAAAAUAAUGAGGAGGAACGCCAACACGGGACGUCGCAUAACUCUUGCAUGCGUUCUAUUUAUGUACACAAGUACUUGGCUUUUCAAUGGUAUAUUGCCCCUCGUACGUGGCAAUAAAAUAGACUCGCUCAAUCGAACGAUCAGACCCCUCGCAUAUCCCGGUUACGAUUUAUUCGUUGACUCUCAAUCGUCUCCUUUCUACGAAUUCAUUUAUUGCAACACCGUCGUGUCCGCUUGGGUCCUCUAUACAAUUAUAGCCACUACGUGCAGUUUAGCUGCCAUUUUUGUUGCUCAUACCUGCGGCCAGAUUGAGAUUAUCAUGUCCCGUCUCGAUACUCUCUUCGAUAACCUCGAUGAUGAAAUUGCGACCCUCGAACAGCGUGUUUCCUUCAUUGUACGAUCUCACGUUAGAGUACUCAGGCUGGUGAGCAAAAUUGAAGAGGCUCUCAAUGAGAUUUUAUUCAUGGAAGUCGCCACCUCGACCUCAACAAUAUGUUUGCUCGAGUACUACUGUGUGAGGGAAUGGCAAGACAGCGAUAAUCUUGCGGUAUUCACAUAUUUUUUGCUCCUCCUUUCAUAUUCUCUCAGUUUAUUCAUAUUUUGCCAUAUCGGUGAACUUCUGAAAGAACGCUGCAGUCUAAUUGGAAAAGCGACGUAUUUGACCGAUUGGUGGAAAAUGCCGGGGAAAACUGGACGGGCAUUGAUAUUGGUAAUAUUAACGGCCAAUAUUCCACGUCAGUUGACAGCCGGUCGGAUGAUUGAACUCUCCGUGGCUAGUUUCGGGGCUAUUAUGAAAACCUCGGUCGUGUAUUUAAAUAUGCUAAGAACAAUGAAUAUCUGAAGGGAAUUAUGAGACACAAGGUCAAUGACUUCCUAUUUACAUUGUCAGUAACAAAAAAAUGAGAUAUUUUUUAAUUAGAUGCCGAUCAAACUGU